AUGGAAACUGGGCAAGCCCGUCGGAUUCGCGCGCGUAGAACCCAUCAGAAAUCCAGACUAGGCUGUAAGACCUGUAAAAAGCGACGAGUCAAGUGCGAUGAGAAGAAGCCGACCUGCACCAAUUGUCGCCAGCACGCAGUCAUCUGUGAUUAUGCCACUGAAUCAGCUGCACCGUCUCGACCACCGCGUCGACAGUAUCGCUUCAGACAGUCCAAAUACGAAAUCCAGAGAGACUCACCGACCACAGACACCAGCAUACAGUCAUUGAGUCCGGGACCGACUCCCCCUCCCCCUCUGGAGAGCAUCUCCCUAGCAGACCUGCACCUCUUCCAUCACUACGUCACCUCCACCGCCAGUACAGUCACAGACGGCCAGGACCGCAAACACGUCUGGGACAUCCACGUCCCACAAUGGGGCUUCACCUUCCCCUCCAUCCUGCAUCUCAUCCUCGCGUUCUCCGCCCUCCACCUGGCGCAGCAGCACCCGCCUCUGCGCGCCCAGUACCUGGACCAAGCAGACGCCCACUUCACCUUUGGCGUCCGCUCCGUGACCACCGUGCUGGCCAGCCUGAACGAGGACAACUGCCAGUACAUCUACAUCUCCGCCGUGCUGAUCUGCCUCGUAUACUUCGGCCAUGGUCCGCGCGCAGGCGAGUUCCUCGUUUUCAGCGAGACAGGGCAGGCGGAGUGGCUUGUUCUCAUGCGCGGGGUGAAGUCGAUUCUGGAGUCGAGGCAUGCGGAGAUCUUUUCGGGGGUAUUGGCGCCUGAGGAGCUGGAGGGGGAGGCUCAGGUUAGCGAGGAGCUGGCGGAGGAGCUGGAAAGGCAUAAGGGCCGGAUUCGGGAGGUCCAGCUGUUGAUCCGUGCGGAGACGGAUGACGAAGUAAUCAAAGAGAUGUAUGAUUCUGCUCUGAACGCUCUGCAAGAGACGUUUGAUGAGGUGUAUCGGAUGAGAGGGGCCGGGAAGCAUGGGGUGAAUCUGAUGCAUCUGGUUAUUGGGUGGUUGUAUCGGCUUCGGGAAGGGUUUGUUGGCUGGUUGGAGGCGAAGGAUCCGCUUGCGCUGGCUGUCCUGGCCUACUGGGCUAUUCUGCUCAAGUACAUGCAGUCCUCGUGGCUGAUGACGGGGUGGCAUGAGCAUGUUCUGGCGGGGAUUCAGGCUUCGCUGCCAGAGGAGCACCGGAGCUGGAUUCGGUGGCCGGUAGAAUGUAUUUUCGGAGAUAGGCAACCUGUAGCUGCGCUUUCAUAG